AUGCUUCUGUAUGUGGUGCCCUUGGCGUUAGCUGCUGCCAACAUAUUCGCACAGUUGGCGCUCCUUUGCGUGGUGUCGGGUCGACGUCGACUGCUGGCAGCCUCCAGGAGGCCACAGCACUUGCUCCACAGCUUCACCAUGACUUUCAAGCUGCACCUGGAUCUUGCCGUUCCCAUCCUAGCAAGGAGGCACCACUCAGAGCUUUGGCGGGCAAGCGUCGUCCUGGUGACGCUGGAGCUCCUUGUCCAGGUGGUCUACCCUGUGGUCAGCUUGCUUCGUGGCCUUUGUCCGGGACGACUUCGGGUCUCUGCAACAGCAAUGCGGCGUGCACAGGCGCUGCUGUCGAAUCCCCGACCCAGUCUUCCGGAAGGCUUGGAUGAGACGCAGGUGGAUGUGAAGGACGAGAAGGUGCAAGCCAUGCUGGAGGAACAUGCGCAGAUGCCACCACGACGUGGGUCCACGUCCAACUUCAACACUCCCAAGAGCACUGUCGACGCCUUGGCGCUGGACAAAAUCCCGCAGGGUGUCUCGGUGCAUCAUGGUCGCAUCGACCUCCAGGGAAUCGCCUCCGAGAAGGUGCACAUCCCUGGCUCUCGUCCGGCUGGGCCGGCAGGUCGCCGAAUGUCACAGGUGGGAUCUGGUGGCCGCCGAAUGUCCCAGGUUGCCAGCGGAGGAAGACGGAUGUCCCAGGUCGCCAGCGGCACGUCAAGCGGCCGUCGGAUGUCACAGGUUGCCAGCGGUGGCUCGCCAUCACGGAGGGCCCGUCCUCCCCGACGUCAGUCGGUGGAGUUCAUGGCUGGCAUCCAGCUGGAUGAGGGACGCUCACCUUCAAAAGGACGCCGUGGGCGCCGCGCCUCCGCCGACCUCUUCGCCCCUCCAGCACUGGCGAUG